UCCGCCUAUGCCGGCUGUUUUCAAGCAGAACCUUGCAGAUCAGCUGGAGAGUCUCCCAUCCCCUGAUGGCGCGGCUGCUGUGGACGCAGCUGGAGCAACAGGCACAGGAGCAGCACAGAGAGCAGCAGCAGCACAAGAAACAGCAGCAGCAGCAGCAGCAGCAGAGGCGGCGAUGAGGGAGGCAGUAGAGUCCACCGUGCGCUGUCUGUCGCAAGUGGCGCCCCUCAUGCUCGAGCUCUCCCGCCUCUGCCGCGCCCUGCGCUGGCCGCCGGCUGCCCGUGCUGCUGCUGAUGUUCCUGCUGCUGCAGCAGCUGCAGCGGGUGCAGCGGGUGCGAGCAGCGGGCUGCAGCACAUUCCACGCCUCUCCCCUCUGCCGCCUGUGUUCAUCACCGCUAGAGGGCCGAGUAGGCUCAUCACCCAUCAACUCCCCUUGCUGCAGCAAAUGCAGGCGCCAAGCACGGCAGGGCCUUGCCACGCCCCAAGCACGGCAGGGCCUUGCCACGUGCGCAGAGCCUUGCUUAUUUCACUGCUCUCCCAUCCCUCCGUGCCUCCCCUCUCACAGCAACUCCCCUUGCUGCAGCAAAUGCACGUGCAGGCUCAAGCUCCGAGCAUCGCAGGGAGGGAAGGGAGAGAAGGGGGAGAGGUGGGGAGCGGAGAGAGGGCGAGGAGGGGGAGGGGGGUUGGGGAAAGCAUCAGAAUUCCGGUGUUUGGAGGUCAGCAGCAAUCAAGCGCAGCAGGCACAGCAGCAGGUACAGCAGCAGCAGCAGCAGCAGCGCCAUCUGCAUCUGUCCCCACGCCUGUUGCCAACUUCUCUCUCCCAGGGGGCGUGCAUGUGGGGUUGUUUGGCGUGCCUGCCAUUGCCGCCCACCAGCCUCGCACUCACCCCUCCCGCCCUACUGACCAUGCUCGCGCCUCAACAGACAGAACCACCAAUGCUGCAAACCCCCUGCUGCUGCUGCUCCUGCUCCUGCUCCUGCAGCAGCAGCAGCAAGGUCAGGGGCAAGUGCAGCAGGGGCAGCAGGGGCGGCAGGGGCAGCAGGGGCAGCAGGGGCAGCAGGGGCAGCAGGGGCGGCAGGGGCAGCAGGGGCAGCAGGGGCAGCAGGGGCAGCAGGGGCAGCAGGGGCAGCAGGGGCAGCAGGGGCAGCAGGGGCAGCAGGGGCAGCAGCCGGCAUCGUUGAUGGAGCAAGUGAUGGCAGCAGCUCGCCUGUUCCACGUGCAGCAGGUGCUGGCAGGGUAUAACGCGCACAUGCAGGGGAGGCGAGAGCAGCGGGACAGGCUAGAUGCGGCGAGUGGGGAGAGAGGGCAGCAGCAAGAGCGGUCACAGGAGCAGCACCAACAGGAGGAGCAGCAAGUGCAAGAGCAGCAGCAGCAGCAGCAGCAGGCAGUUGCAAGCGAGCAACAGACGUUGUUUGCCGGCCAACAGCCGUUGCUACAGUUCCCGGCCACUGUAGCUCUCUUGUCCGGGUCUGGCCCCCUCCCCACCAUAGUGAUGCGCCCUCAGCUGCCGCCAUUGGCAGGAGCAACGGGAGCAGCAAGGGCAGCAGGGGCAGCAGGGGCAGCAGGGGCAGCAGGGACAGCAGAACCAGCAGAAGCAGCAGAAGCAGCAGAAGCAGCAGAAGCAGCAGGAGCAGCAGGAGCAGCAGGAGCAGCAGAAGCAGCAGAAGCAGCAGGAGCGGCAGGAGCAGCAGGAGCAGCAGAAGCAGCAGGAGCAGCAGGAGCAGCAGGAGCAGCAGGAGAGCAGGCAGGGGGGUUGGGCGGGCAAGGGAGGGGAUCGGGACUCCAAGGAACAGGAAUGGGAUCAGAGGGCGGAGGGGGGGGCAUGAAGGCAGGGGGGAUGGGCGCACAGGCAGGGGGGAUUGGCGCACAGGCAGGGGGGAUUAGCGCACAGGCAGGGGGGAUUGGCGCACAGGCAGCAGGAAUGGGCGCACAGGCAGGGGGAAUGGGGUUGCAAGCAGGUGGACUGGAGGCGCUACUUGGUGGGCUGGGAGGCCUGGGUGGGAUCCUGGCAGGUUUAGCGGGGCAAUCAGGUGGAGGGGCCGAGGUUGAGGGAAGGUCGAUUGAUGGGGUGGUGCCUAGUGGAAGUGCAGAGGCGAGGGGGCGAGGAGGGGUGGCGGGUGACAGUGAUGAUGGCAGACAAGCCCAGCAGCAGCAGCAGCAGCAGCAACAGCAGCAGCAGCAGCAGCAGCAGCAGCAGCAGCAGCAGCAACAGCAGCAGCGUGUGCUGAGAAGUAUGUUGGGGCAGGGCUUGGGUGCCUUGAGGAGAGUGUUGGGAGGGGCAGGGCGCGAGGGGGCAGGGCGGGGUAUGGGAGGGGAGCAAGCGAGGAGGGGCGCUGAGGUGGUAGAGGGGUCUGGGUCUGGUGGAGGGGUGGGGUGCGGUGGAGGAGCGGGACCGAGCGCCAAGGACAGAGGCAAGGUUCUCUCAGCUGCUGUUGCUGCUGGGCAAUUGAGCCAGGAGGAGGCUAAGGAGUGGGAGAGGGUAAUGGGAGAGGACGGCGUGGCACAGCGCCACAUGGCACCACAAGAGAGGCUCUCAGAAGCAUACCUGCGAGGGAGGGGAUGGAGAAUGAGCCAAGAGGCCAAACAGAACCAGGAACGGCUGGUUUCUGCCCGACCGCACACCGAGGCUAACAAGGCAAUGUCCGGAAUGCCUGGGCCCUCGGCGGCGCCCCAAGAGUUAUCUGGCAACGGUCCCACCCCUGGUGAGCACAUGACACAUAGUGCCGAUGGACCCACGUCCAGCAUGCCUGGAGGAAUGCUUGCUGAUCAGGUGCCCUCGCGUCGGAGAAUGCGGGACGAGAUUGACGGCCGGAAUGAGGACGAUGGGAACAACGGCAGCUCCAGGCGAACCAAGCAUAAGAAGACAAUGGAAAGUGCAUGAUGGCAAAGAUGUGUUGCGAAGUUAGGGGCUGCUAUAGUUAGUAGAAUUCCGUGCUUUUGAACCGCGUUACAAAGUCCGAGGUGUAGAAGUCAACCUUUUAGCAAACAGUACACCUAGCGCGCCUUAAUUUCACACCCAGUAUUUUCAGGGGGUGCCGCCGAGAGGGUAUUCACCCCCAGAAAGCAGCUCCUGAAGACCAGAUCCGGAUACCCUUAAAAAA